UUUUCAGUUUUGAUUUUUUUUCGGAAGUUUUUUGUUAUUUUUUAUGUAGGUUUUCAUUUUUACAAAAUUUUCUCAGCGUUUUGGUUUAAAUGAGAGUACCAAUCUUCUUAUUAUUAGUUGCAGAUAUUCUUUAUUUUCAGUUUAAAUGUAAAAAGUUGAUAUAAAAUGUCUUGUGCUACCAUUGAAGAUUUACCUGACGAAGUUUUAGAGUAUAUUUUUUGUCUGCUACCCCCUUAUGAAGAUAUUCGUUGUUGUAUGUUAGUUUGUAAAAAAUGGUGUGAAAUUGCUAAAAACAUUAUACCUCGCAUUAAACACAGCUUUAACGAAGCUAUCAGCGCUCAAAAUGUUACCUGGGAUACCUUUUACGCAGAAAAGGAUAACAUCACGAAACGCUAUGCACAUUCUGCUUGUCGCCAUAACGAUUCGAUGUAUGUUUUCGGAGGCUUUACUUCUUCAUUUAGUUCUUUCAACGAUUUAUGGAAAUUUGACUUAUCGUCUCGAUCGUGGACUCGCAUAGGUGUUCAAGGAAAAUGUCCGGUGCCCAAAGCAGGGGCUACUAUGGCUACAUACAAAAACAAACUCAUCUUAUUCGGUGGUUUAUUACCUCCUACAUUUGGAAUGUUAUUUCAAAAUCAUCGUUUAUCUAGUCAUUUACAUGUAUACGAUAUAGCAACUAACGAAUGGAGUGAAAUUAACUGUAACUCGAGCGAUUUCAUGAUGCCUGAAUUGGCAGGUCAUUCUUGUACCAUUCACGAUGAUAAAAUGGUCAUUUUUGGUGGUCUGGGUGAUCGCUUGAGCGUGAAUGAUGUGUAUUCAUUGAACCUGAGUACAAUGAAAUGGAAACUGGAAAAUAUCGCGGGUGAUAAACCACCUCCUCGAUAUGGUCAUUCUCAAGUUUACAUUGAUAACGAGAAUCUUAUGAUUAUGGGUGGUGUAGAUAAUGAUCCUUUGUUUGUAUUUGACGACGCUUGGUUGUUGAAUAUGUCAAAUGAAGUUUGGACAUGGAAGAAAAUUGAUCUGGGUGUUCAUGCUCCUUUAGUACGAACUGUAUGGUGCCAUCCUGUUUGUAAAGUUGGUAAGAAUAUUGUAGUAUUUAAACCGAACACAGGAAAUCCAAGCAUGUACGCUGAUUGGUUUCCGAUUCAAAUUUCAAGAAAUACCAAUUCUACUCAAACGCGAGCUCAAGAAAAAGAAACAAAUUUAAACGGUAAAAGGGGUAUUCUAAAUCGAGCUUCACAAGAAGAAAAUUUACCAGAUAAUAAAUUCAAGAAAUCUGUAUGUUCCAAAAACAUCAGAGAAUUUUUAUCGUUAAACAAAUACCGAACACCAAUCCUAGAAAUACACACCAUUGACACCACUAAUUUAUUAGAGAACGGUAAACUAACGUCGGUUAAAAGUAAAUGCAGAUCGUUGAAUUGUCCAACGGAUACAAUAUUGUACACCAUUGUCGAAGGAAACGGCGAAUUAAUCAUGUUCGGCGGUAUCCAAAGAGAUAUUAUUAAUUACGAAGAUGGCACCGAAGAAAGGGAAAUCAAAAUUAUCGAUACGUUACACAUCAUCAAAGCUAAAAGGAAAAUUAUUUGAAAAUGUUAUUGCACGUGAUGGUUAUUCUACCUACCUAUAUAUUAUUAUUAUUUUUUUUUGCAUUCAGUUAUCAAAUACCAGUAUAACUUGAAUUUUCUCAUUUCAAACCAUUGUCAUUCUCAUUCCUAGAAAUCAAUGUUAGUUUGCUGCUGUGGAUAUGUAUCUUCAAUUAUUAUUUUGUAAUAUAUUAUUUGAAAAAUUGUUGAAAA